AUGGUCCACCCUGCUAUGACCUGCUGCAAGACCGCCAAUGACGGCUCCUGCGUCUGUGCCGCUCAGGCCAAGUGCUCCUGCGGCGAGCAGAGCGCCCUCCACUGCAGCUGCAACAAAGCUUCCUCUGAGAACACCGUGUCUGGUCCCCGCUGCUCAUGCCGCUCUCGCCCAGCUGGCCAGUGCACCUGUGAGCGCGCAGUGACCGAGAACCAGCCUGUCGCUGGUGAGACCUGUGCCUGUGGCAGCCGUCCCCAAGCUUCUUGCACCUGUGAGAAGGAGGCUGCUAUUGAGUCCGCCCUUGAGGUUGACUUCACUACCAGUGCUUAA